AUGCCGAUCAUCUACCUCAAACAACUCCAACGUGCUGCCAGCGGCUCUGGCAAGCUUCAAUUCGUCGGUAUCAAUGAGUCUGGACCUGAAUUCGGUGAGGGCAACAUCCCUGGCAAGUUGGGAACCGACUACACCUGGCCCGACCUUGGCUCUAUAGGCACAUUCGUCAACAAAGGCUAUAACAGCUUCCGUGUAAACUUCUUGAUGGAGCGUCUGGUGCCUAAUCAGAUGACCGGUUCGCUGGAUGCCGCUUACCUUCACAACUUAACCGAGACUGUGGCUGGCAUCACAAAGCUUGGUGCCUAUGCCCUCAUCGUGCCUCACAACUACGGUCGCUACAAUGGCGAGAUCAUCACUUCGACUGCAGACUUUGGUACCUUCUGGAAGACUGUUGCUGCAGAGUUCAAGGACAAUGACAAGGUCAUCUUUGAUACUAAUAACGAGUUUCAUGACGAAUCUUCUGCUCUUGUUGCUAGCCUGAACCAAGCUGCCAUCAAUGCCAUUCGUUCUGCUGGUGCUACCUCUCAGUACAUCACUGUCGAAGGCAAUGCGUACACUGGUGCUUGGACUUGGACAACUGCCCAGGGCACUGAUGGCAAGACCAACGGUGAGACGAUGGGUGCCUUGACCGACAGCGUCGAGGGCAAACUUCUCUACCAAAUGCACCAAUAUCUUGACUCCGAUGGCUCCGGCACCUCCUCAACUUGCGUAUCCCAAACCGUCGGCAGCGAACGUCUCCAGGCUGCGACCACCUGGCUCCGCGACAACAAGAAGACUGGUCUGAUUGGCGAAUUUGCAGGCGCCGUCAAUGCUGAUUGUGAGGCUGCUGUCCAGGAUAUGCUCGCUUUCGUCGCCGAAAACUCUGAUGUCUGGGCCGGCGCCCUCUGGUGGGCUGCUGGUCCUUGGUGGGGCGACUACAUGUUUUCUGUCGAGCCCAAGGAUGGCGUGGCAUACAGCACGUAUGCGGAUCUCGUGGCAUCAUACGCUUAG